UGCAAAAAUAUGGAAUCGCCUCAAAUGUACGAUACGAAUCAAAUCCAAGUGCGCAGUGAUAUCAAGAAGCUAACGAUGGCCGCGAACAAUAAUGUGAACGGUACGAACGGCACGGCCAACGGGGCCUCGCCGACCAACAACAACUCUCCGACGGCGAUUAAUCAGAACACGCUGGCGCUCAAGCAGCAGCAGCAACAGCAGCAGCACCAGCAGUCCCAGCAACAAGUGCAGCAGGUUCAGCAGCAGGUCCAGCAGCAAGUCCAGCAACAGACCCAACAGCAGCAACAGGUCCAACUUGGCCAGCUUCCAAGCAAUGGGGCGUCGGGCUUGCUGUCCAACGGGAACCUGCUGUCGAAGCAGAUGCUACAACAAAUCCAGUACUCCCAGUCCGAGCUAGACGAGCUAACGUCACAGGAGAUCUCGCUCGACCUGCAGCACCUAAUUGACGACCAGUUCCGUGACCCGGAAGCGCUCGGUAUCUUCACCGAGAUGGUCACGGUCGGCAGCACGAACGGUACGAUGGCAAAUCCGUUGGUGCAGACGGCCGCCGCGAAGGCUCUCCAACUGCAACAGGCACGCCUCUCCCAGCACACGAACGGUGGCAACAGUUACCAGCGAUCGUUGGCAUACAUGCCCCAACCCGUACAUACCGGGGCAGCUUACGGAAGUACCUCCAGUGAUGAGAACAGUUCCGUUGGAUCCUCUGCCGACUCGGCCAACAUUAAGGAGGAACCUGUCGAUCCGAACGAAUAUCGCCGACAACUGCUCGCCAAUGGAGCUUCCGGUGGUGCUCAGUUUAUGGGCACCAUUAACGGUUACCAGGGACUACCGGGGUCGGGCGGUGGCACAGCUGGCGGUGGAGGAGCGACACCAAACGGUGUGUCCGGUACGUUAGGUUCCGCCGGCGGUACAACACCAAACUACGUCACCAACGGUAACGGCAACAGCUUCUCCAGCCUAACACCAGCCACCGUCCUACAUCACCAGGCCUUACCCCACCUAUCCGGAGCAGCACACCUGGCGAACCUUACCAAACACAGCAAAAUGCUACCACACGUUGGUCGCAAAACGCAGCAAAAAAUCGUCGACAAGGGCACGGACGAGUAUCGGAGGCGACGGGAACGCAACAACAUUGCCGUUCGGAAGUCGCGCGAAAAGGCGAAGGUACGGUCGCGCGAGGUGGAGGAGAAGGUGAAAACCCUGCUGAAGGAGAAGGAUGUGCUGAUACGCAAGAUCGAGGAGAAAAACAACGAGAUUGCACUGUACAAGCAGCUGUACAUGCACCUGAUGAACCACAGCAAUCCGGAGAUCAAUCAGAUCUGUCGCAGUGCGCUUAACCUGUCCAACAUGGGCGACCACAUGUGAUCGGUAGUGUCCGUUACCGUGAUGUCUACGCUGUAAAUAUGAGUGUGUGCGCGUG